AUGGCCUCGAGCCCCAGUGACAGUGUGGCCGAGGCCGAGCACCAUAUCGGCCAUCUUCUUGACAGUGCCUUACAUGCGAAGGACAAGGCAAAGGCAAAGACGAAACGACUUCUUUCUGUACAGACUGAUGCAUCUUCUGACGCCGAAGGCAACAUCUUUUCCGAUGCCGCUUUCGAUCCUGCCAGAGUUCUUCAAAACUCAUCGCCGAAGAGGAAGAGAUCGACGCGUCAGGCAAUCCAAGAUGGUUUCAAAAGCAUCAAGUACCUCACUACCCAUCCACGGCGAGUCAUGCGCAGCAAGGCUACUCAUAUUGCGGCCGAGAAACUUGGAAACCGUCAUCCGGGAUUGACCAUUGACCAAGGCCAGGAACUGCUAGAUGCCUACGAUGCUCUUGCUCAGGCUGUUUCUAGCGAUCUCUCGGAUCUUGAUACUAGUGCCGUCACUUCUGAACUUGACGAAGCCCACGAUCGCGUGCACAAAUUGGAACAUCAAAGGGAAAGCUUGCAGACGGCCUGGAUCCUGUCCCGUCACGUUUCCCGCGUCAAAGUUGUUCGUCCAAUAUCUCGUCCCGAACGGUCCCAAUUCAGGGAUGGUGGUAGAUUCAAAUGGGAGAGAUAUCUCGGCUAUAUGGCUCUCUAUUACACUCGCGACUUCACAACCGGCUACAUUGACGACUUUCGUUCACCACCGUUUGAUCUCGAAGACCUCGCGCGUAUUAUUGAACGAAUAGCCAUUACCUCCGCACCCUGGCAGUCCUUUUUUGUCAACUUGCGACACGUCUACAUGUGGAAGUCACCUCGUCGGACGGCGAAGUGGCUGGCACUGUUCUGUGUCCUGUGGUACACCCAACAUCUUGUGGGCUACUUGUAUUUUUACAUCAUCUACUCCACUCUGCGAAACAGAUUCCGCGCACAGUCUGUGCAGACACUGCGAGAGAGCGUGAGCAGGGCCUUUGACCGGGAAGCCCGCGUGCAAGCAUGGGGUGAACUCAUCCAGAGACACGGACAACGUGACUGGCUUGAGCCGUUUCUCGAUGAGAUCGGUCCAAUCAUUCAGCUACAGCUGGGUGACUUGGCCGACUUUCUCGAGAUCCUCGUCAAUUUUCACCGGUGGGAACGGUCGAAUCUGACCCUGGCGACCCUCUUCUUUUUCUCCUGUUGCCUUCUCGUCACGUUGUGUGCAGAUAUGGCGUUCUGCAUCAAACUCGUCUGGUUGAUAUUUGGCGGUGGUUUUUUCCUCACAUACCCGAUCGCCACGAACUAUCCCAAGUACCGGUUGUUGUUGUCACACUUCAGGUGGGUGUUUUGGGAUAUUCCCACGCAUGCAGAGUUGGCGGUACUGAGGCUGCAAGAAAAGGCGGCCGCCUGGGAAGAGAAGGGGUUGAGGGAAUUUGAAUUGAGAGAUGAUGAUCGAGCGAACGACGACCACAGUGAGUCUCCCCAGCAAGGAUUGACUCCAGAGGACGAAUACUCUUUUCAAGUCUAUGACAACGUCGAAGGACGAGCACGCCUGGUUAUCAGCAGGACAAGUCUCACGGUCUGUUCCACGGGCGGCCUACAACAGGAUCGAAGCUGGUUGUUCUCUUCUCUCUCAGAAAUGCGCAAGCUCGACAGCAUCGACAUCCACUCCAGCUCGACCCUCGAGAAUCUCAGACACCUUCACACGCGCUCGGCCGAGGCGCUGCAGUUCUUCUUCCUCAACGGCAGCGGCACGGAUUUGACCAUCCUCCUGCACCCUGUAGACCGGGAUCGCGUGUUCAACCUGGUCCUCGCGUGGAGUGGCUUGAGGUGGCAGUGUUUGCAGAUGGAGAGACACAACACGACGGCUUGCGAGAGGAGUAAUCUGGACAGGGCUAUAAAGAGGGCGUUUCAUUGA